AUGGAUCCAGUGUCGUUGGCAGCAUCGGCUGCUGGACUAACUUCUCUCGGCCUGCAAGUUCUCAGCGGCGUCACCUCAUAUGUUGACGCAUUCAAGUCUCGGGACCAAGAUAUCGUUUCAAUCAAGUCGAAGAUCACUGUUCUCAAGAACACAAUCGAAGUCAUUCGGGCGUCGUCCUCGAACCUCCAAAGUCGGCAUCCUGAGUCGGUCUCUGCCGUAACGCAAAACUUCACAGUAUGCGAGACUGCCUUGAAUGCUCUCGGUCAAUUUGCAUCAAAGCUCUCCAAUGAUAAUACAACGACCCGUGACUCUCUUGCUGGAUUCAAAACUUUCGGCAAGCAAAUUAGGUAUCCGCUUGACCGCCCCAAACUGAAGGAGUUAACCCAACGUCUUGAUGAAACAAUUGAGACUCUUCAGCUGGCCUUACAAGCCCUGGGUCUGUGA